UCGAUAGCCAUGAAGAACACAGGCAAAUUAAAGGGCAAAACUAUUUUUAUUACGGGCGCUUCUCGUGGCAUUGGCAAGCAGAUUGCGCUGAAGGCUGCGCUAGAUGGAGCUAAUGUAGUUAUUGCUGCUAAGACAGCUGAGCCGCAUCCUAAGUUGGCUGGCACUAUCUAUACCGCCGCCGAGGAAAUCCAAAAGGCGGGUGGUCAAGCGUUGCCUUGCAUUGUGGAUGUGCGGGAUGAGCAACAGGUGCAGAAGGCGGUGGAAGCAGCUGUGGCCAAGUUUGGUGGCAUUGAUAUACUCAUAAACAAUGCCAGUGCUAUUUCGUUGACGCCCACGCUGGAUACGGAGAUGAAGCGCUAUGACUUGAUGCAGAACAUCAAUACAAGAGGCACAUUCCUGGUUUCCAAGGCUUGUUUGCCGUAUCUCUUGAAGAGCGAAAAUCCGCACAUCCUGAACAUUUCGCCACCGCUAAACAUGAAGCCCCAUUGGUUCGGUAAUCACACAGCGUACACCAUUGCCAAGUAUGGCAUGUCCAUGUGUGUCCUGGGCAUGUCAGAGGAGUUCCGUGAGAAGGGCGUAGCUGUUAAUGCGCUCUGGCCUCGCACUUCAAUUUACACAGCUGCUGUAGAAAUGCUGCAUGGUGGUCCUGGUGCCGCUAAGCACUCCAGGAAGCCUGAAAUUAUGGCGGAUGCAGCCUACGCUAUAAUUACACGCAAUGCGAGGGACUACACGGGCAACUUCUUCAUGGACGACGAGGUGCUGCUGGACGUGGGAGUCAGAGACCUGGGCAAAUACGCUUGUCAUCCUGAGAAUAUGCAUGAUUUGCAUCUGGAUAUAUUUCUGGAUAACGAAGGUCCUGUAGCCAAGCUCUAAGCUGUAAUACAUUCCCAUUUUGUUAUUGUUUUUGUUGCUGUUGAAAAUAUACAUAUGUACAAACUUUCGCG